AUGUUUUUUUCAUUUCAGAAAAGAUGCAUCCGAAGGGAGUGGUCAACGCGGGAAAAGCUGGUGCUCUUCAAAGCUUAUUUGAAUCAUGAAGAUUGGGACAAACGAGCCGCCGAAGUGCAAAAACAGUGCGGAGCUCAUCGACCUAAGCAUUUCUUCUUGACUCAUCCUUGCCAAGUCGAGUUCAAUCGUCUCUUCGCGAAACCCUUCCCCGGCAUGAUGCCCCUUGAAUGCGGGAUUCCCUACACGCACAAAUUUCAUGUGCAACAGUACGUCAAGUACUUGGAGAAAGAGGUACUCGAAGACGAGGCUCGCGAGGAGGAAGCCGAUUUGGCGACGAUUCGACACAAAAUCGACACACUUUUGCGCAUCAAACGAGGUGAAGUCGACGAACAAGAGAUGAAGGAAUUGUUGGACACACUACGUGCUGAAGACGCUGAAAAAGAUCAAGACGAAGUCGAGUUUGUCGUCGGCACUUUCAUGAAUCGGCUUAAAGAGGUACAACGGGAGCACAUCGAAUUGCCACCGAUUCCGCCAGAAUGGACUGCCUUAACACUUCUGCCACCAUCGUCGAUCUCUGAACAAGUGCCACGAGGUCUUGAGACUGCUUUCCGAUCGCCAUCACCACAAAAACCGAUGCAGGUCUUCUCGCCGAUUCGGCCCAUCAAAGAAUCGAUCCAAGAAGUGCUUCAAGAAAGAAAUCCACCGAAGGAGAUCAUCGUGGAGACUCAACCACCGGCCGAAGAAGAGGAAGAUGAACCAAAAGAGGAAGAACAAGAGGAAAAGCGGGAAGAGGAACAGCCAAUGGAUGUGCAUGAGAUUGUCGAACACGAGCCAAAGAUUGAGAUGGGCGAUGAUCGGUCAGAAAGCGGAUCCGUAGCCUCAUCGUUUGCGCCCGUCUCCCAGCCGACCACUCCGCUUGCUGCUCCGUCGAUUUCGACGCCUACACCGGCGAUUGACCUGGAGGUGAAGGCAAGAAGAGGGCGGCCUCGCUUGAAUACGACAUCUUCCAACAUCAGCACCGCUAGUUCGGCCGAACCUGAGUCAAGGUCAAGGAGACCCUCCUCGAAGUUCGAUGAAACACCAAAAGCCGAUCCGACACCAGCAACAGCGCGUCGCCCAUCGCUCCGUCGACCACCACAACUUUCUGGCCUAGAGGAGUUCUCUUUGCAACCGGUGGCUCUACCGACACCAUCAACGCCCGCCGACGAGGAGAAUUCUGAUGGAAAGGCGUCUGCUCGUGGCCGGGAUCGUCGAUCGAGCCGAAACAAGAAGGAUUCUAUUACCUCGACCCCAGCGAGUGCCAAAGCGGAAGACGAGGAAAUGGAAACAAAGAGCUUGAUCGAUACACCGGUAGAGGGACCGAUUGACGACAUGGUUAUCAACGAAAAGAAGAGGACACUGGCUGUGGCUACUGAGAUCUCGAUCUACUCAACGAAGCUCCUCCCGCCAAACCCGGUCAACAAGAAGCAAAAUGUGAGACGCUCCUCGAGGGUCCACCAGCCAACAUCAGCCGCUCGUGAGGGAAUGAGCAAAGCGCACGCUGGCUGCCAAACGUCAAUAAUCGAAUUCGGACCGUACGAUGAGUUCUUGAUCAAGCAAGACCGACGCGGUGUCACGAAGCUGAAGCGGCCGUUUGUGCAAGUUUUCCCCGCGGAGAUGAACGAGAGUGAUGAUGAGUCCCUCAUCUCGGUGAAGCGACGUAUCAAAGAAGAGCCUCAACAAGAGAAGAAAGGCGAUAAGAAGUCCGGUCAGCAACAGCAAAAGCGAAAGAUCAAGGGAAAAAUCGUCACCUGGAAACAAAAGCAGCCCAAAAAGGAGCCAGAAGAUGUCUCGGGCUCACCGUCGAAGAAAAAGGAAGAAAAACCGUCGAAAGAGGAUUUGCUGAAUGCAAAGGCUCUCCUGCUCACCUAUUUGACGCAAGUCUUGGCGACCCGCUCGGCUUCGAUUUUCCGCAACCCGGUCACCGAUCGAGAGGCGCCCGAUUAUUCGAAAAUUGUGAAAAAACCAACGGACCUGACAACGAUCAAGGCUGACAUUGAGAAGGGAAAGAUCACGACGCUGGAGACCCUGAAACAUCAUCUGUUGCAAAUGUUCGCGAAUGCGGUAAUGUUCAAUUACACGGAUCACGAGGUGAACACUUGUGCAAAAGAGAUGGCUCACGAUACGAUUGAUAUGAUGAGGCGCUUCAACGACACCAAUCUGAAGACGCGUCAAUUGCAUCCCGUCUCGAAGCGGCUCUCGCGUGCAGCCCCGGCUAUGGGUGAAGAGAUAUUUACUGGGACCCCGGGAGGAAGCGCGCCUCGUCGAGAGAACAACGGUCGACUGAGAUUUGCUGUUCCUCAGCUUGGCACUCGUCGCGACGUGCGGGUGGGCUUGAUUUGCGAAGACGAGUACCCCAGGCUCAUCCCAGAUAUCAAUUUCGCU